AUGGCGAUUGAUAGAAUUUUCAAAGAUGAAGCAAGCGAAGAGAAAGGAGAGCGCGCAAGAAUGUCAUCUUUUGUUGGUGCUAUGGCUAUUGCUGAUUUGGUUAAGACUACAUUAGGGCCAAAGGGAAUGGAUAAAAUUUUGCAGUCAACUGGUAGAGGCCGUGAAGUUACUGUAACUAACGACGGUGCUACAAUUUUGAAGUCACUUCACAUUGAUAACCCAGCUGCUAAAGUUCUUGUUGACAUUUCAAAAGUUCAAGAUGAUGAAGUUGGCGAUGGAACAACCUCAGUUGUUGUAUUGGCUGGGGAACUUUUGAGGGAGGCAGAAAAGCUGGUUGCAGCUAAAAUUCAUCCAAUGACUAUAAUAGCAGGUUUCCGAAUGGCGGCUGAGUGUGCUCGUGAUACAUUGGUUGCGAAGGUCGUGGACAACAAAGGAGAUGCUGAGAAAUUCAGGUCAGACUUGAUGAACAUUGCAAGGACUACUUUGAGCUCCAAAAUUCUCUCACAAGACAAGGAGCAUUUUGCAAAGUUAGCUGUAGAUGCUGUAAUGAGAUUAAAGGGAAGCACAAAUUUAGAAUCUAUCCAGAUUAUAAAGAAGCCCGGAGGAUCACUGAUAGAUUCAUUUUUAGAUGAAGGAUUCAUCCUUGACAAGAAAAUUGGUAUUGGGCAACCCAAACGCAUAGAGAAUGCAAAGAUACUAGUUGCAAACACUGCAAUGGACACAGACAAGGUGAAGAUUUACGGAGCCCGUGUUCGUGUUGAUUCUAUGGCUAAAGUUGCUGAGAUUGAAGGAGCUGAGAAAGAGAAAAUGAAAGAAAAGGUGAACAAGAUAAUAGCUCAUGGCAUCAACUGUUUUGUUAACAGACAGUUGAUAUACAAUUUUCCAGAGGAGCUCUUUGCUGAUGCUGGAAUAUUGGCUAUUGAGCAUGCUGAUUUUGAUGGUAUUGAGCGUCUGGCUCUGGUUACUGGUGGUGAUAUUGCUUCAACCUUUGACAACCCUGAUUCUGUUAAGCUUGGGCAGUGUGACCUCAUUGAAGAGAUUAUGAUUGGUGAGGAUAAAUUGAUUAAGUUUUCUGGUGUUGCAAUGGGGCAGGCAUGCACAAUAGUUCUGAGAGGGGCCAGCCACCAUGUUCUUGAUGAAGCUGAGAGGUCAUUGCAUGAUGCCUUGUGUGUGCUAUCUCAGACUGUCAAUGAUAGCAGGGUGUUGCUUGGAGGUGGGUGGCCUGAAAUGGUGAUGGCGAAGGAAGUAGAUGCAUUGGCUAGGAAAACUCCGGGUAAAAAGUCUCUUGCAAUGGAGGCAUUCUCCCGGGCACUCUUGGCUAUUCCAACAACCAUUGCUGAUAAUGCUGGUUUGGACAGUGCUGAAUUGAUUUCUCAGCUCCGGGCAGAGCACCAGAAUGAGGGAUGUAAUUCUGGAAUUGAUGUCAUCUCUGGUUCUGUUGGAGACAUGUCUGAAAGGGGGAUUUGUGAAGCAUUCAAAGUCAAGCAGGCUGUAUUGCUAUCUGCAACAGAGGCAGCUGAGAUGAUCCUUAGAGUUGAUGAAAUCAUUACUUGUGCUCCUAGGAGGAGAGAAGACAGAAUGUAA